AUGCGCGCGUCCCUGCCACUGUCCCUGCUGUCCCUGCUCGGGCUCGGCGCCGCCAGGCUGGCGUGCCCCGGCGGCUGGACCGCCGGUGGCGGUCUCUGCUACCGGGCCUUUUCCAAACAGUCGGCCAAUUACAGCGAGUCACUGGCCGCCUGCACCUCCGCCCACUCGGGCGCAGUGCUGCCAUCUAUCCACGACAUCGGCACUAACAGCCGCCUGCUCGGCCUGACCAACAACGCGCCGUUCUACACGGGGCUGGUGAACUUCACCGGUAACGGCGCCGGCAGCUGGAGCUGGCUAGACGGCUCGCCCACCGACUUCUACCACUGGGCCCGCUACAUGCCCGUGCUGGACAACGGCCGGCGCAGCUGCGUCUGGGUGUACGAGGGCGACGGCUCCUGGAGCAACGCCCAGUGCAACCUGCGCCUCGGCUCGGUGCUCUGCCAGCUGGAGCCCUGAGCCGCCGGCCGCGGGCAGCCGUGACGUCACUGAGGA